AUGACUUCGGCUUCUUCACUCGCGUUUCCCACCAUGGAGGUUCCUGUUGUUGAGGACUCGAUGGAGAUGGCCUCUCCCUAUCAAGGCCACAACGAUGACUUCGAUAUCGACCUGGAUAUUAUGGAGGACCAGGUCUCCAAUAUGGAUAGCGACAUGAUGGGUGCAGACGAUUAUCUUACGUCUCAGCCCUCUCUCUUCAAUAACGAUGCAAUAAACGAUGCCGACAUGGUCGACGAACCGUCCGAAGGAUCCAUGGUCGAUGCCGAUGACGUCGUUGAUGAAGAUCACGAUAUUGAAGUCCAGGACGAAGAAGUGACCUAUGAAGCCGAAAUGCAAGAGGGUGGCCAACCUGUAACUGUGGAUGCACCAGUCUUACCCACUAUCCAAGUUGACGUUCCAGCGACUAUCGACGAUCAGACGGUUCAGCCCAUCCAAAAUGCCUCAGAACCCGUCGCCCAACCGGUGAACCAGGAUGGCUUCGGUGGCCCUCCAGAAAUUACUCCUCUUGAGAUGAAAUCUCAAGAACCUGAUCCCCAAGAUUCGGAACCCACCACAACUGAAAAGGUCCAAACUGAGGAACCCCAGCACCAGGAUGUCGAACGGAAGGUGGAGAUUGCUGAAGAAACUAAUGAAGCGGCGAAAAGCAAUGUUCCGACCGCGGAAGGAAAGCUUUCGCAUAGCGAGCCCGCUCCUGUAGAGAGUCUUGAAGCUCCUCCAGCUCAAUCUUCAUCAGCAGAGGCAAAUCAUGAAAUUGGCGAGCAGUCUGAAACUCAUGACCCGCCCCAAAACGAAGGCCAGGGCGCCCACGAUGACGAGUCACUACAUCCGGUGAAAGUUCUUUAUCAAGGCAAUGAGAUUUCCCUCUUCCCGCCUCUCGAAGGCGACUCGGCAGAAACAUUUUUUCUUCACGAUGAAGAUGUUGCCUAUGACAAUGUCGAUAAACUAUUCAGUUCUCUUCGCGAGAUCCUUUUGGAUAAUGUUGCCGAGCAUGAGGUACUUGUUAUUGAUAUCGAUUCCCUUGGUAUUCAAAUAACAGAGGACUCCUCGCACACAUCCAAUAUGACCUUGCAUCAGAUCCUGAAUGUAUACCUUCGACUGUGCCAUAAUGAUGGGAAUGGUGAACCGGAAGCUCUAUAUCUUACCCUAACAACCAAGCCGGCAUGUCACUCGGAGUUGACUGCCCUUGAUGCUGCUGCCAAUGAAGGCAAGGGCCUGUCUCAAAUCCAUGAGUGGGAUGACUAUGAUGAGGCUGGCCCCGUUGAAGAUGAAUUUACAAAUGCCGAAGAGACUACACAGUCCAGUGGGAAUUCCAAGGCCAACGAAACUCGUCAGGAUCAGACAGGCCAUGUUCUUGACGAAGUUACUCAAGACAACGCCCCCUUUGACGGGGGGUCUCACCAAGAGCCGGACGAAACAAAUGAUGCGGAAGAAGAGCAUGCUGAAGCCAGCCAUAAAACUGUUCCUGGUGACUAUGAGGCUGAGCCCGAGACCGUUGUCGAUGAUCAUGAAGACGCCCAGGAAGUAAAAGAAGAUAUCCGCGCGGAAGAGGCCGCAGGUCAUGACAAUGAGGAAGAGGGGCACUACGAUUCCGAGGCUCAAAACACCGAUUCGUCGGCUACUGUCGCUUCAGCUUCUCAUCCAACUGAGCAAAACGAGCAAGCUGAAGAUGGUGAUGCAGGCGCCACUGAAACUUAUGAUUUGGGUAACCAAGACGAAGAGGGCGCUGGUGCCGAAGACCUUGCACAUGAAGAUGCUUCUCGGCAAACGGAAACCUAUAAUAUCGAGGAGCCCGAAGAUUUCCAAAAUGCACACACCGGUGAGCACGCAACCGAGGAAACCGCAGACCAUGCCGAUGAGAACCUCAAUGAACCGAAUGCUGCCCCCGAAGAUGAAGACUCUCUGGCCGAGGAUAUCGAUGACGGUUCCUACGAGCAAUCCGAAUCCACUCUGGAGCCUGCACCGCGGGAGGACGUCGCAACCCAUGAGCGAACACCAGAGCCUGAGGAUGAUUUGCUUGGUAUCGCUGAAGACUUGAUGCAUACUCCUGCCAAGGAUCGCCAGAACGGUCAGCUUGAGCCUACCGAGAGCUUCGAGCAAGAACAACACCCUGAAGACGACCUCGCCACCCCUCCCCCUCCUCUCGUCGAUGAAGAUGGCGCCGAAGAAGACGAUGCCGACAACCAGCAGUCCGGCGACGGUGACGGCGAUAAUGAUUUUGACGACUACUACCCCCCACCUGAUUUGGAGGUCACUGAGGUUACUGAGGCCAUUGAGCUGGGUGAAGAAGAUUCUGCCCUUACUGACUCCCACGCCCUUGACAACGUGUCAACCAAACGGUCCCGUGAGGAAGAAGAUGAGUGGGACAUCUCCGAGACUACGACUCCCGAAAUCAAGCGUCGCCGCUCGUAA